AACGGCGUGGAUAAAUACAUAAUAUGCGGGGAAUGUUUUUCAUUCAGCGAACUCCGAUUAACCCGCCGUUUCGAAGUAUUGAUUUAACCCAAGGAGAACCAGGUCGUUUUAUUCAGUCUACAUAAUAAAGCCAGGCUUGAUCACGAGUGUAAAGCACGAGCUGGGCGGAUUAUUGAUUCGAGGAAAUGAUCCAGCAUAGCAGAGUGGCGCAUGAGUCAGCGGAAUAAACACGGGAGAAGCGAUAGCGGAAUCGAGUGGCUGCGAUCAGCUGAUGCAAGCGUCAUACAGGUUCUCCGACGACGUUGUCCUUCAGUUUCACAAAGGUCAAGAAUACUGUAUCAAUGACACGGAAAAGGAGUGACUGUGUUGCCAGUGGUUACCGUGAAAAUUCCCUCAUGACGCAACUUGAUUGUGUGAUAAGAUCAUCCGAAGGCGUAUUCAUUAACACGAUGCCUCCUAUAAAGACGUUAGUGACGGUUAAGGUGCAGCCGAAAUAUGUCGGAAAGUGAUGGCAAGAUUUACAUCAAAUUUUGAUUAUUGAAACAGCACAGACUUGAAAGAUAAUGGAAACCAAAAAGGGAAUACCCAGUAAGAACGCCAAAGAGAAGAUGCUGCCACAGUCAGACAGCACAGCUUCUUUCGAUCCAGAUAUAGAGGACAUCAUCUUCAUUGAUGAAGACGCAGAGGACGCACAUGGCGGUUUUGAAGACUACCUAGAAGAAAUCGGACAUGAUGUAUUGCCAAGAUUUUUGGUGAAAUGCCCCAGUAUAGUGAGUCUUUUUGAAACAAAAGAGAAUGGGGAUUAUUUGAAAUCUUCUCCUGUCGCUUCAAAACCUACCACUUGUAAAGAUGUCAGUGAAGUCAGAGAUAAUAGCCCGAAAAAGGCAAUGGCGUCUGGUAGUCCUGAUGAUAAGCUGCCAAGACUGGAUGAUUCUGACUAUCUGGACAGUGUGGAAAGUGCGUCAAGUGCCCAUGGACUUCUUGUAACUGCUGCUAGAAAACUGGCAAAUGGCCCUCCUGCUGUGAAACCAGUGAAUACGAUAGAGAAUACUACCAAGAAACCAGAGUUUGGCCCUUUGCCCAAAUCAAGAGAGGUGGAACUACAAGAUCACGUUGGUAAAACCGACCAAAACACAUUAGAAGCUUUAGAUCUACACAAUGAAAGCUACAAUCAGAAGUGCAUGGACAUCAAGCACCCUUCGUCCCCAACAAACAAAGUCCUUGCAAAUGUGGCCUUUGAGUUGACACGUAGCCGAUCCAGAUUCUCUGUGGAAAAAGUUCCCGAGGUUUCAGUCACCUCCUCUCCCACUUCUGAACUUAACAACGAAGAACGACACGUCACCUUCAACAGCACCAACGAAGUCUUUGAGUUGAUAAUGAGUCAACAGGACAUCGGCCAGAGUCAGGAGGUCAAAGAUACCAAGGACGAUCAGUCUUCCACCAACGAUGACAGUUUACACAGCACAUCCAGUACUCAGGGGCUCCUCGCACGUGCAGCGCGAACCUACCUCCGAAUUCGUGGAGAAAACGUUUAUGGUUACACAAACGAUGACAGUCUACAGAGCACAUCUAGUCAGCAGGGACUCCUCUCGCGUUAUGCACGUAAAAUUGCCUACGAUGCCAUGUAUGAGAAACCCCGUCCACGCGAAGCCAAGAAGUAUAUGAAGAACCUGAUUGCCUUGAGCUUGAGUUUUAUGUUCGUGUUUUCUUCUUUUACUUCCCUUCGUAAUCUUCAGAGCAGUCUGAAUCCAACUGGUGGCCUUGGCCUCUUGUCCCUAAGUGUCAUGUACGGUGUCUUUGUACUGGCUUCUCUUACAGGAACUGCAGUUACACAGAUUUUAAGGCCUAAGAACACUCUCAUCCUUGGCAUGGCCAUGCAGGCCUGUUAUGUAACAGCCAAUUUUUAUCCAAGUCCAUUUCUGCUGGUUCCUGCUUCUGCCUUGGCGGGUUUUGCCAAUGCCACAAUGUGGAUUGCCCAGGGAACAUAUAUUGCCAGCAUUGCAUCCAGUUAUGCUACAGUGAUGAAGAAAAGGCCAGCAGAUGUCAUGAAUAAAUUUUAUGGUAUCUUUUUCAUGAUUUGGCAAAUGUCGAACAUUAUUGGGAAUUUGACUGCUUCUUUGGUGCUUAACUCACCAAACUAUGUUUCAACGGCUGAACACUUGGAGGACGUUUACGGGAAUAACUCCAACCUCUCAGAGGUACCAUCGUUAAACUUGGAACCUAAAGCAUCAGGCACGCCUUACAUACCAGAUGACUCCACCAACAGAAGCACAGCAAUCGUCAUGCUCUUCAACAGCACAUUCAAAGACACGUCUCCCUCGCUUUUAAAUACAUCCACAAACUUUUCUUCUUUGUCCCAUUCUCACUUGUCUCUCUGUGGCUCUGGCUACUGCCAUAGCAUGAAGCUUACUCACAAUUCAGGGGAGGAACUGCCUAAACACAUUAUCUACAUCCUCAUAGCAGUUUACCUCUUCUGCGUGUUGGCCGGGCUGGCCAUCACAGUGUGCUUUGUUGACCGAUUGAGGAAGAUAUUUCAGCGUAAGCCCAUCAGUGCCCGGGAACAACUCAAGGCUUUGGUGUCAACGGUGAAGGACCACAGGCAGCAGCUCCUGGUCUUUCUACAGUUUUACACUGGGAUUAGGGCUGCUUUCAUUGCUGGUGAUUUCACUAAGGCAUUCAUCACCUGUCCUUUGGGGAUGGAAAUGAUUGGUUACACAAUGAUCUGCUUUGGCGUGUGCAAUGCAGCCAGCGCCAUCACCAAUGGCCGUCUUGCCAAACACAUCAGCACACGCACUUUGUUGGGCACAGCAUCUUUGAUUGACUUGUGUCUUGGUGUGGUUCUGGCAACAUGGCAGCCGAUCCCAGAACAACAGGCAGUGCUGUUUGUUAUAACUGGCUUGUGGGGAGUGGCUGACGGGAUAUGGGCGACCCAACUGAGCAGUUUGGUUGGAACUCUGUUCAGCAACAACAAAGAACCAGCGUAUGCCAGUAUGAAGUUUUUCCAGGGUUUUGCUAUAGCACUUUCCUUUGGUUUUGCGCCCUAUAUAUGUAUGGCUGUCAAGACCUACAUCUACCUUGGAAUGCUAGUGGCUGGGAUGAUUAGUUACACUGUGCUAGAUGCAAAACUGAAACGAGAGAGUGAAAACGAGGGGAAAAGUUGAUCUCACUGCUGAUCGAUGCAAUUGCAAAAGAGAAGUGAUCCCGAAGUUUAAGGUUUCAUGUCUUUUCAGUGGGAAAAACGACCAAACUUUCAGAUACGUAAUUCAAUAAUCACAGGAAUUAUAUUUCAGUAUAGCAUGUGUUUUUACUGCAUAGAACAGAUCUAUAGAGUAGCCUGCUUUUUAAUUUUGUUUACCACUUAAUAGAAAUGUUUUAAUUUUAAGAAGUACAUUAUCUAUAAAUUCUCCCAUUGGAAAGAUCUAGUUAUUAUCGAUAAGAUGCACCAGAUGUAACUGUCUGAAUGGAUGGAGAUGGAGAUAAAAAAAAACUUUUUGCCUUUUUUUGCGGGGGCUGAAGAGACAUUUGAUUGUUAUAUAUUUUAUGUUGUUGUUUUUUAAUUGAUUUUGUGGUACAAGCAACAUGUAUUAUGUAUAAAAAGUAUUUAACCAUAAUUAUUAUCAGCAUUUGUUUCUUGGCAUACAAAUUGAACUAGACAGACUGCAACCUUUCUAAUUAAUUAAUUAGUUUAUUAUUAUUAUUAUUUAUUUAUUUUUGCAAAAACAAUUCUACAAGUAAAGGUGAAUUUGUACAGAUAUAUAUUGUACAAAAUACUUCACUGAGUCAUUAAACUGUUUGGAUGUGCAUUUAGAAAUAAAAUACUUAAAGUUGUAAUUUUUAAUCAUUAUCAAUCAUAAAUAAUGAUAUAUAAAUGAACAUUCGUUUAAGAAUGGCAGUAAAAAUUUAUAGAUUUGAUAUCAAAAAGUAUGCACAAAAGAAAUAUGACGCACCAGAAUAUGUUUAAUCAAAGUGUGUGUGUGAGUGCGUGCGCGUGUGUGUGUUGGAGAAGGGGGAGCUGAAUUUACAAGUCAGAUAAUAAGACUGUAGUUACUUAAAUUACUAGCAAACUACUAUAAGCAGCAACUUAUUCACACAUUAUCUUAGAAUUGUGAAUCUCUACUGCAAGGUGCUUGCAAACUAUCAUCACAGAAGUGCUUUAUUUUUACUCAGAGAUAAUGUUAUAUCCAAAAGCCCAGCAGAGCCUUGAUGUUUCUUUUUCCCCACUCAACUGGGUUUGUUGCUGAUAACUCUCGGAUAACUCUUUUAUUUUCCAAAAAAUAUCGAUCCUCAUUUUAUUCAUGCUUUUUUUUUUUUUGGAAAGCAAGAUACUCUUUUCUACUUCACUGUACAAUAAACUAUCUUUGUUCCAUUGGGAAUUUUAUUUAAGAUUUUAGAUAAUAUCAUCAUAUUUGAGACACUUAACUGCUGUCUGACACCUCACAUUUAACUUCUCAUUGUACACAGUUAUAGUUUUUAUUUACUGUUAUGUCAUUAUAUUAUAUCAUCAUAUAUUUUUGAAGACAUUUUAGUAUUGUUAAAGGUGUAAGUAUCUAUUUGCAUUUACAAAGUUUAUGUGGACAUUAUGAACACAAUCAUUAUUGGCUCAGAUACUGGAAUAUGGUGUCUAUAGUUUGACCUUGUUACUGUAAAAGUAAAAAAACUAAAAGUUGCUUUGAUGUUUAGUGUAAAUACUGAAAUUAUGUUACAUCAAAUAACUUAUAGAGGACCAUAUAUUGUUAUUUAUUCAUAGACCACAUGUAAAGCACAAUGGUAUUUUAUGAUUUAUAUAAUAUCUCUAGUUAAUUUAUUGAAAUUAAGCUUGUUGUAUGCCUUAGAUGAUAGCAAUACUCCUGUUAGGAAAUAAACAUGUUCAAAGAUAACCACAAUUUCAUUACAUAAAGGUUCUAUCACAAGCAGUAUUUUGUUUCUGUGUUAUGUUUGAAAUUGUUUAACAACAAUAAUAUCAAGAAGUAACCUUUAUUUGGAUACUGAGUACCAAAUGUUCUGUUCUUGAUAAGACUAUCAUUGCAAUGAGAUCAAAUAAAAUCUGAUUAGUUAAACACAUACAAAUGAAAAAAAAAA